AUGUUGAUGCCACGAGGUCCUGUUCUGUCGGCAAGGAACUGCAGGGCCUUGCGGUCCAAGUGCUUCCUUCCGGGCGCUGGAGCCGCAUCCAAUGAGCGCCGACGUGCCUUCUCCCGAAGUGCGCCUUGCGCCAGGAGCACGAUCGACAAUAAGCACGCAUCGACUCCCUUGCCAUUGGAAGGGUACCGUGUCUUGGAUAUGACUCGCGUUUUGGCAGGUUGUGAUUCUGAUGUUAGUGAGCCAUCUAGGGCUGAGGUAAUCAAGAUAGAGCAUCCCGUCCGGGGAGAUGACACCAGGGCAUGGGGUCCGCCGUACGCACCCUACAAACCGGGCUCGGGUCUUGAAGGUCCAGGCGAGUCUGCCUAUUUCUUAGGGGUAAACCGAAAUAAGAAAUCCCUCGGCCUGUCCUUCCAGCAUCCCCAGGGCGUGGAGAUUCUUCACAAGCUUGCCGCCCAGUGCGACAUCCUGGUAGAGAACUACCUGCCCGGGUCCCUGAAGAAAUACUCCAUGGACUACGAAUCACUCCGCAAAAUAAACCCGGCACUCAUCUACACCUCCAUCACGGGGUAUGGCCAGACGGGGCCAUACUCCAGCCGGGCUGGAUACGAUGUCAUGGUCGAGGCCGAGUUCGGUCUGAUGCACAUCACGGGAAAUCGGGAGGGGCCACCCGUCAAGGUCGGCGUUGCCGUCACCGAUCUGACCACCGGGCUCUACGCCAGCAACAGCAUCAUGGCGUCCCUACUUGGCAGGGCAAAGACGGGCAGGGGCCAGCAUAUUGAUGUGGCACUGAGCGACUGUCAAACGGCAACUCUAGCUAACAUUGCCAGCAGUUGUCUCAUCAGUGGCAAAAGGGAUUCGGGCCGCUGGGGCACAGCUCAUCCUUCAAUCGUUCCUUAUAGAUCGUUCAAAACCAAAGAUGGCGAUAUCCUGUUUGGUGGGGGCAACGAUAGGCUCUUUGGAAUCCUCUCCGAUGGUCUAGGAAACCCUCAGUGGAAAGAUGAUCCGAAAUUCAAAACCAACGCUGACAGAGUAGCCAACCGCCAGGAGCUCGAGGCUGAUAUUGAGCGAAUAUCCCAAUCUAGAACGACGCAAGAGUGGCUCGAAGUUUUUGAGGGCAAAGGGAUGCCCUAUGCAGCCGUCAACGACGUUCAGGACUCAUUAAACCAUGACCACACCAAGGCUCGUGACAUGGUAGUUGAAUUCGACCACCCAAGCUGUGGCAGAAUAAAAAUGGUCAAUACUCCCGUCAAGUACUCUGAGAUCCAGCCCAAGGUCCGAAUGGCGCCGCCUCUGCUGGGCCAACACACCGAUGAAAUACUUGGGGGCCUUGGAUUGGAUGCAUCUGAGAUAGCCGCGCUGAAAGAAGCCGCUGUCGUGAGUUAG